AUGACCGUCUUCAUUGCGUCCCUCUUCCUGCCUUACACGGUUAACUUCCAUGUCAAUAAUGAGCGCAGCCGAUCUCCCCCAAUCGGCCCUCCAUCCGCGACCCCCACCGUCGAUGGAAUCAGUGCCAUCCCCAGUGCCGCCGCAAGCUUGUUCGAGAAGAACAAUCCAACAAAAACACCUGGAAUGACCCCUGGUGCCACCACGGAUCAUGAGCGCAUCUUCGCUUCCAGUGUAGCUCAGGCGGAGCAAGACAAGAGCGGGUAUCCGUUUCCUUCGGCUACUGAGCAUGAGAACCGGCUUCUUACAGAGAGCGAGGGUCAUUCACCAGCAUGGGGAGCUACCACUUCCCUAAUCCAGCCAAAGGCAAAGCCGCUGGUUUCCCCCUCACCUUCUAUCCUUAAACACCAGGAUCCCCCUCUCGCCAAGGAACCAGUCUCAUCGCGCGCUCCCGAUACCCAGGCCGCCCCUCCAUCGGGACAGAGAUGGACUCACUUUGCGAACCGAAAAGUGUCAUUUUCCAAGGCCGAGUGGACAAUCGAACCUGCUGAGCAGGGAAAUGGUGGUUUGCGAAAUGCCGUGCGAUCUGCGACGGAUGCUGGGUUCUUGGAUCAGAUGAUGUGGGUAGGCACUUUGGGGAUGCCGACUGAUGCCUUGGCAAAGUACACCUGGCAAGAUAUUGCAGAGAAACUGGAGGAUGAGUACGGGUCGUUGACUGUUUGUGUGAGCGACGGUGACUUUGACGGUCAUUACACACAUUUCUGCAAGACCAUUCUUUGGCCAGUAUUCCACUAUCAGAUUCCGGAUAACCCAAAGAGCAAGGCCUAUGAAGAUCACUCUUGGGUCUAUUACGUCAAGCUUAACCAGGCAUUUGCGGAGCGCAUUGCGAAGGACUGGAAGCGUGGCGAUUCAAUUUGGGUUCAGGAUUAUCACCUGUUACUGGUUCCAGCUAUGCUUCGCAAGCUGUUGCCAGAUGCGCAAAUCGGGUUCUUCUUACAUAUUGCUUUCCCGUCAUCGGAAGUUUUCAAGUGUUUGGCUCCUCGAAAGGAACUCCUCGAGGGUAUUCUGGGUGCCAAUCUUAUUGGCUUCCAGACAGAUGAAUAUUGCCGACACUUCUUGCAAACCUGCAGUCGGAUCCUUUGCGUGGAAGCGACGCCUGAAGGUAUCCAGUUGGAAGACCGGUUUGUCAACGUGGGUACGUUCCCUAUCGGCAUUGAUCCGACUUCUUGGGACACGCGCCGUCAAUCGACAGACGUGGAACGCUGGGUCGAUACAAUCUCGGAACGCUAUCAAGGAAAGCGUCUCAUCGUUUCGCGCGACAAAAUAGAUUCUGUCCGAGGCAUUCGCCAAAAGCUUCUUAGCUAUGAGCUUUUCCUGAACACAUACCCAGAAUGGGCUGAUAAAGUGGUCUUGAUUCAAGUCGCAACUAGCACUACGGAUCAGCCUGAUCUGGAGGCGACUCUCUCUGAUAUUGCUAUGCGGAUCAAUUCCAUGCACUCGACUCUUGCCCACCAACCCCUUGUUUUCCUUAAACAAGAUCUGGCUUUCCCACAAUACCUUGCACUAAUCACUGUGGCGGAUGCUUUAAUGAUUACCAGUUUGCGCGAGGGCAUGAACUUAACUAGUCACGAAUUUGUCUAUUGCCAGGACGGCCGGUACGGUGACAAGGCAUAUGGUUCAUUGAUUCUGAGCGAGUUCACUGGAAGUGCAUCUGUCUUUGAAAAUCAUGCUCUUUUAGUCAACCCUUGGGAUUACCGUCAGUGCUCCGAAGCAAUUCACACGGCCUUGACUCGUGAUGAGAAAGAACGGAAGCAGGUCUGGGAGGAAAUGUUCCGUGCAGUCUUACAAAACUCCACUGUCAACUGGGUUAAAUCGUUCAAUGAAACUCUUGCGCGGGUCUGGAACGAGCAGUCGUCACGAGAAAUUAUGGCUGUCCCACGGCUGUCUGUAUCUCGACUCACCGAACAGUAUCGCCAGUCGAAACGACGACUUAUGAUCGUUGACUACGAAGGCACACUAGCCUCGUGGGGAUCCCCGCGGAGCAUCAUUUUGACCACCCCGCAGCGUGCAAUCACUACUCUGACCGAGUUGACCGAUGACCCCGCGAACGUGGUCUACGUCAUGAGUUCUCGCAUGCCCGAGGAGAUGGAACGUCUGUUCCGACAGGUCAACAACCUGGGCCUCAUCGCCGAGAACGGAUGCUUUGUGCGCGAACCACAAUCUGAUGUGUGGACUCAUCUCGCGGAUAAGCUACACGUCAAAGCAUGGAAGGAAUCAGUGUCCAACAUUCUGGCUUACUUCCAGGCUCGGGUGGAAGGCAGCUGGAUCGAGGAGCGCCACUGCUCGCUGGUCUUCCAUCACGGAUCCGCAGAAGACCGUCACAUUGCUGCCCGCCUUGCUGCUGAGUGUGCAGGAAACAUCAAUGAUGCGUGCGCUAACCAAGGCGUGCAUGCCAUUCCCGUCGAGGGUGCUUUGAUUGUGGAAACCACGCAUACUAACAAGGCAUCUGCGGCGGCGCUGGUUUGGAAGUGGUUCCUUGAACACGACGAGAAAUCUAAAGAAGGCGUAAAGCCUGAUUUCUUGCUUGUUAUCGGCGACAAUCGUGAGGACGAGCCUGUUUUCCGGUGGGCCAACAAACUGCAACGCUCCAAGGCUGUCGAAUACGCCAUGACUGUCACCUUGGGCUCGCGCAGCACCGAGGCGAAGGCGACCCUGACUCAGGGUGUGACCGGUGUCCUUUCUUGUCUGCAACGAUUGGCUGCACAGGGCCCGGGGGAUGGAGCACCACUGCCACUGCGACAGUGA